AUGAAGCCUAAUACUAUCCGUUUGUCAAUAUUUAUGUUGGUCAUAUUUGGCAUGCAUGCCAUUUUAGUGCUCGGCCGAGGUACUGGUCGAGGUACUCGUGUUGGCUUCUAUUCCACCACAUGUCCUCAAGUGGAGUCGAUCGUCAAAUCAGCUGUGCAAGCUCGUUUUGAUACCGACCCUACUGUUGCUCCUGGGCUGCUGAGGAUGCACUUCCAUGAUUGUUUUGUUCGUGGUUGUGAUGGCUCAAUUCUCCUUGAAGGAUCUAACACUGAGAGAACUGCAAUUCCUAACUCAAAUUUGAGGGGAUUCGAUGUCAUUCAGAAUGCCAAGACUCAACUUGAAGCUAAAUGUCCUGGAGUUGUUUCUUGUGCUGAUAUUCUUGCUCUAGCUACACGUGACUCUAUUGUUCUGAGUGGAGGACCUAGUUGGGCAGUUCCUACAGGGCGAAGAGAUGGAAGAGUUUCAUUGCAAUCUGAAGUUGGUGCCAACAUUCCUGGACCCACUGAAUCUGUUGCUGAGCAAAAACGAAAAUUCUCUGUAAAAGGUCUCAACAUCCAGGAUCUUGUUGUCCUCGUAGGCGGACAUACUAUUGGAACCGCAGGAUGUGCUGUAAUUACAGGUAGAUUAUUCAAUUUCAAUGGAACAGCUGGUGCAUCUGAUCCUUCCAUAAACCCAUCAUUCCUCCCUACAUUACAAGCUCUUUGUCCUCAAGGUGGCAACCCAGCAACGCGCGUACCAUUAGACACAGGCAGUGUAGACAAAUUUGAUACCUCUUUCUUUGCAAACUUGAGGAACGGUAAAGGAGUUCUCCAAUCCGAUCAAGUACUAUGGACAGACCGUUCCACCAGGUCUUUUGUCCAACGAUUUUUGACUUUCCGUGCUUUCAAUCCUGAAUUUACAAAGUCUAUGAUUAAAAUGAGUAAAAUUGGAGUCCUUACCGGUCUUCAAGGUGAAAUUCGCAAAGUUUGCAAUACAGUAAACUAA